AUGAAAGAGGACGCAGCGUCGACAAAGAUCUUGGCUUCCACCUCCUGUUGCACUGCGGGCGAUGGGCGUGGGGAUGUCCUGGACAACGACGAAGAGGCUGAUUAUCAUGAUGAUGCCGAGGACAGCGACUACGAUGGUGCAGCACCUUUUUCAAGUGGCAUUAAGGCCUAUUUGUUUCUAGGUAUUCCGAUCCUCCUUUUGUAAUGAUACAGAUAGAUACUCCUGAUCAGUUGUUUAACGAUUUAGAUCUUCAUCUAUUUCAGGGUUCUUUAGUUUUUGUGCAUUUUGUGUAUUAGCCACUUGGUUCUUUUAACACUGAGCAGGAGUAGUCUUUUCUCAUACAACGUAAGGCAGUGCCGUGUUGGCCGCGUUGAAGAUGGAUGAUCUCAGACCUAGUCAUUAUCCGUAAGUUGUGAGUUCAAGUUCACUUUGUUACCUCAAGUAGAUCAUACAGGUCUCAUCCGUAUGUCAUUGAUUUGUUUUAUUUAAUAACAUCAAUCAAUCUCAAUGCGUUGUAAUGCGUACUUAUGAAUUUUCCCAAAUGGGAAUUUAGAUGCGUACUUAUGAAUUUUCCCAAAGCCUCUAAUUUCGUGACGCCACCGAAUCCGAAUACUCCAGGAAGAGUCCUCCUGUCCACCUCUCAAUCUGGUCGUCGAGAACGAGCAAAAUUGCAGGCGGCGCAGGCGACUGAUAGGACAGUAAUUUUGUCUCGUGAAGGUUCACCCGGUGCAGAGGCAAGAAAAGCCCAAGCAGAGGUAACAGCGUCUGGAGAGAUACAAUCAGAUCAAGGACAACAACGUCAAGAACCUCCAGAAGGCGUGGUACAAAGGAAGAAUACGAUAGCAACUGAUUCUGG